AUGGUUUGCAAAACACUCUGCUUCGCGCUCGCAGCAUUAUGCGCUGCAUCAGCAGCUCCAGAAGGCCGCAUCACAGGAGGUGCCGACGUUGAUAUUACCGAGGCACCUUAUAUGGUAUCUCUGGUUUACCAUUACCCAAGACCCAACAUCUACAUUCAGCGCUGUGUGGGAAGCCUCAUCUCUUCCUGGCACAUACUUACCGUGGCUUAUUGUUUUACUGGAGCAAUCCAAGACAACUUCACACUGCGAGCGGGAUCCUCUAAUAGUCUUUCGGGCGGCGUUACUUCCACCAUCCAGCAAGUCAUACAGCAUCCAGACUACGUAGCGACCCCGAGACAAAACGAUAUAGCAAUUGUAUUUGCAAAAGAACCCUUCAGAAUCACAAAUGUAGUGAACAGUUUACGUCUCCCACCUCCGACAUUUACCCUGACAGAUGGUGCUAUUGGCGUAGUCACCGGAUGGGGAUUCGAUAAGGAGCAAGCCGAUGGUGGCACUCAGCAUGAAUCCCUUAGAAAAAUUGAGUUAAGAAAAGUACCUGCAAGUACUUGUACCACCGCCUUCUCAGACGUUGUCGACGUUUCCAUUACUGACACCGUUUUUUGCGCGACUGAAACAGACAAGGGAAUAUGCUUUGGCGACGCCGGCGCACCUUUCGUAUCAACAGUAUACAACAGUCAAGCCUUAGUAGGUGUUUCGUCCUACUACCAAGACUGCGGAUCAACUUAUCCGGAUAUUUUCGUGCGGGUGGAGAAAUACUCCAAUUGGAUUUUGGAAGUGGCUGUUGCACCCAGCGGUAGACGUGCUGUGGAAGGCGACACGCCCGCAAUUGCUUAA